GCAGUCAGACCUGCAGCAAGCAGCCCCGUCCUGUCGCCUCCUUCUUCACGGAAACGUGGUCUGCAGCGAAGCAGACGAGAAACAGGCAUUCAUGCUCAACGGGGAAGGUCAGACGAAUGUCCAGCGCAUGCAGAACACAGGUCAUAUCACAGAGAAUCAUCUGGAAAUUGUUUCACUAACAAACUAUUCGAGCAGGCACAUCCACGCUAACCAUGCACAGCAGUAUUUCCACCAAGAAGAAGCCAGUACGCAAGCAAUGCUAAUUAUAUCUCAUGUCAGACAGCAAGAGAGAAAGCCAAUCAUAUUCAUUCAAAUGGUCGAAAUCAUAGUCGCAUAAAAAGACACAAGCAAAGUCGUUGAUGUGGGGUCGCAGAUAGUAUGAGUUAAUCGUUCAGCCAGGUAUGGACGCCGGAUCAUGCAGCUCGUACAUCCUUGUAUGGAAUCCUCUGGAACGAAC